AUGAUCUCAGAUACAACAGUUUACACCCUCUGGGUGCAGUAUCUCUCUAUGCUCCACUGCACAGCUCCCCACAGCUCUAUGUACCCCCAGUAUCUCCUUUCACUAUCUAUUGCUCUCAGAGUCACUCUGCUUUAUUCCUUUAGACUCUUUGUGGAGAAACUCAGAAAAGGCCCAGAAUACCUCAACUGCCUGUCCAAGGGAACAAGAUCCAAAAUCAACAAGAGUAUAAAUAGAGUCUUUGUUAUUGCUGAGACACUGAAAAGCAAACUGCUGAGUCGAUACAACAGUGAAUAUGCAGGUUACCUGGCAGAUAAGAAAAGAAGAGAAGAGGAAGAGGCAGAAAAUAAGGCCUUUUGGCAAGAAGUAAAAUAUGCAAUUAAAAACUCCCCAGAGUUUGCCAAAUGGAGCUCUCUGGUAGAGAGACUGGUAGACGGAAUUGAGAAAGAUAUUGGAGCAGUCGGUUCUACCCUGGCAUCAGCAUCAAAAAGUGCUGAAGAGACUUUGGCACUAAGCACUCCACAGGAAGCCUAUGAAGAGGUCACCACCAACACAUCAUUAGACAAGCAGGGUGGAGAGACUAAGAUGGUGGAAAGCCCAGGUCAGAACUCCAAAGGCCUCCACACUGUGGUCCUUCCAAAGGACCUUUGUAAACAGUUCCUCCGUUCUGCACGGAAGAACACCAAGAAAGGCAUAGAGACAUGUGGCAUCCUAUGCGGUACCCUGGUAAAGGACGAAUACCAUGUCUCCCAUGUCAUUAUUCCUGUGCAGAAAGGAGGUCCCGAUUACUGUUAUGCCCAGAAUGAGGAGGACAUCUUAUUUGUGCAAGAAGAACUGGGCCUUCUCACCCUAGGUUGGAUUCAUACGCAUCCAACCCAGACAGCCUUCUUGUCGAGUGUGGAUGUACACACACAUUUUUCCUACCAGAUGAUGCUGCCAGAAUCAAUUGCAGUGGUCUGCUCACCCAAAUAUAAGCAAACUGGAAUUUUCACACUGACACCUUUUGGAUUGAACGAAAUAUCAAUCUGCACCCAAAGGGGCUUCCAUCCCCAUAAUCAGGACUCAGCUAUAUUCUGUGACUGCAGUCAUGUCAUCUUUGAAAACAGCAGGGUGACCAUCAGGGAUUUGCGAUGAGUAAACCAAAGCACACACCCACCUCAGUGGGAGUGUGUGUGUGUGUGUGUGUCUGUUGUGUGUAUAUGUGAGUGAAUGUAGGUUGGUGUAUAUAUCUGUAUGUAUGUUAACAUUUUCAUGUUAUAUCUGUUAUGUAUGUUUACUUGUUUGUAUGUAUCACACACUGUGCUCAUUCACAGAGCCCAGAUGAACUUACUUUUUUAGUUUUAGCAGUUAGGAGAAAGCAUGGAUAAAGCAGAAGAUUAUGACACAUAAAGGCAAGAACUCUUGAGGAUACAUCCUGAGUCUAGAUGUGAGAAAACAAAAAAUUCAUUUUACUUACAAGAAACUCAUUGUCAGAAAGGAUUUGAACAUGACUGGUAGCCUCUGAUUACCUCUUCACGAUGACCAGCUGCUUGAUCUCAAUUAAUGAGAACAACAUUGGACUUCCUUGUGGGAAAUCAUGAGCAGAAAGCCGAAGUCCUCUAGAUUGAGCAAUGGAUGUGGAACAUAUGAAGAACUUCAAGAUGUGUCUAGAUGAGAUCUAUCCAUGCUCAUUCUUCUCUACAGCCUGAUGCACUCUCAACUUUACAUUAGUUCAAAGGAAAAACCAGGUUACUCAUUGGUGUGAAAGGCUGAAAACCUGAUUUGAAGCUCUUGACUAAAACUAAAAUUCAGAAGACCUGGGUUCAGUUCUCAGCACCCACAUGGCAGCUCCCAACUACCAAUGACUCCAGCUCCAGGAAAUUCCACAUCUUUUCUUGCCAAUGGGGGAACAGCAUAAUCACAUCUAUAAAAUAAGAAUAAAAUUCCUUCAGGAUAAUGGACAUUCAUCUCUUUAAAGAAUCACUUGCUCACAACUGACAACUUGACUUUGAUACUUCUCAGUGAACAUUGUCUGAGAUACUUGUUUGAUAACAGCUUGACAUAGGUGUUUCUUGGUUAAAAGAAAGUCAUGAACCUGAUGCUGUUGGAGCUAGAGGGGCAAUCCUGGACAUCACACGCAAAGAAGAUGGAUACUGGCAGCUGAUGGAGCCGGGAGGACCAGCCAGAAAGAGUAGAUGGAUUCAGACAGCUGAUGGAACCAGAAGGACCAGUGAUGUAGAGAAAAACUGAUCCAUGAAUCCAGUGGAAUCGGGAAGACCAGCCAGGCCUUAUGUGUCAGGGAGGCAGAUAUAUAGAACUGUUUAGUUAAGAAGUAUCCCAGACAGUCUUCCUCUUGUUAUCUAGAUUUCCAAUAUGACCACCCAUCCCUGGGUGAGAUUCCUCACACUAAGAAAUUCAGUGGCCUCACUUUACCUUAUUGUUGUACUUUAUUUCUCCCUGGCUUUAGAGCUCAGGUUUUAUUAUGUUCUCAUCUGAGAAGAGCCAAAAAUAAUCUGGUUUUUGCCUAAUUGCCUA